CACCUUUAAGACCCUGCAUCUAAAAAAAAACCUCAACGAAGAGCGGAAAUUUCGAGAGCAGACGGUUGAAGCAGAAGGGAGAGGGGAGAGGAGAGAGUGCUGAAGUUGUAAGAUACCGCCUGUUUCUCUCAAACUACUGAACUACAAAGAUUACAAAUCCGCUCUGCCUGUGUUUACCAGUCCAGAACCCAAAGAGGGUCACAAAUUUCCCUGUUUUUGAGUAAAACAGGCUGGUUUUGAGUUGCACCACUCCCAACGGCCCUAGAACUGGUCCAUUAGCAUAACCAUUUGUGAUAGCCCUUGCACACAAGUGUUACACCAGGGUUCGCUGUUGAAGUGAAGACCCUCCGGAGUCUUCACCGCGCGCGGAGGGGGAAGAGGUAUAUCGCCGCUGUGGAAACAAAACCUGGGAGAAAUCACACUCCAGUACUGAUGUAAGUCAGUGGAAGCACCGAACAUGACCUAAAGCGCAUCAGGCGUUUCCACACGACGCUGUACACAGUGGCUCAUCAGAUCUCCCUAAAAAUCACUUCAUGGGUCAAAGCCAAAAUGGCAGGAAGGAAACAGACACCGGGUAAAAAAGUCAAAGCCAAACCAUCAGCAAAGAAGGCAGCAAAGCCUAAAGCGGUCAAAGCCAAGCCGGCAUCAAAGCCUAAAGCAGCAAAAGCCAGACCACCAGCAAAAAAGGCAACAAAGGCGAAAGCAGUCAAAGCCAAGCCGGCAUCAAAGCCUAAAGCAGCGAAAGCCAGACCACCAGCAACAAAGGCGAAAGCAGUCAAAGCCAAGCCGGCAUCAAAGCCUAAAGCAGCGAAAGCCAGACCACCAGCAACAAAGGCGAAAGCAGUCAAAGCCAAGCCGGCAUCAAAGCCUAAAGCAGCGAAAGCCAGACCACCAGCAACAAAGGCAACAAAGGCGAAAGCAGGAGUUAAAGGAGAGACAUCCACCAAAAAGCGGACAAAGGAUCAAGGGAACAGUGAGCCACCGAAGAAGAGGAGAAAGACUCAGUCAGUGGGGGAGAAGUAUCAUGCGGCCCCGGCUCCAGGAAACAUUUCCAUCAGCCAACAUGCAUAUGUAGCCCCUAUGACUGUUCCUAUAGGUAUCCAUGUUCCUGCAUGUGAUGCAAGAAAUGUUCCACAUGAUUCGAAUAGCAGCAUAAACAGCAAACCUGUGAAUGCAGCUCCUCAUUCCAGCCAUGGACUGACCUCUAACUCAGCAGCCUCCGAGCAGAGCCUGGCCACUGGUAGGUCUGAAACUGAUAGUACUGCAGGUACACAAAUCCAUCCUGGCACCCAAAUCCAAGGUGAUAACGUGACGAUUAAUGCAAGUGAUGGCGCCAGUUGCUUUGUCCCCAUCAUACGUAACUCAACAAUGCAGAGCUGCAAUAUAAAUGCGAAUAUUGGCUCCAACCAAAAAUAAGGAGUGAUGAAAAACUGCAUAACCACCGCUCAGGGACGAUGAUGCCUCUCACACCAACAGCACUGCAGAUAAUCAGGAGUCUGAGGAAGAUCCAAAGUGACUCUAAUGACAUAGAAAACACUGUUAGAACCAUCAGAGACCUCAGCCUGCACAAGUCUGCACAUAGAGCCACACAACGCUCUACUGUUUACUACCAACCACUUCAGGUCACAUAUUGUAUACAGGCCAGUCAUACCUCCACACUCAGGUUUGUUUACAAUAAAAGUACUUUAGUGUGUGUUUUACAUUAUAUUGUUUUCCCUGUGUAACAUUCCCUUCAGGCUCCUGAUCAUUCCAGCAUACCGAUGGAGAUACAGUAGUGAUUGUUGAUUGUCUAUUCGCUCUGUAUUUUCUCUGCCAGUUUUUUCUACUUUUUCUGAUGAAUUUUGGGCUUAAAGUCUUAAUAGCAUUUGAAUUUAUAACGUGGACUCUUUUUAUAUUCUUAUAAUGUAUUGCAUGCAUUGAGAGUGCGGUGGUGGGGCCACAGGGGGGGGUUUGUAAUUGUGACUACAAUAAAGAAACGCUUUGUCUUUGUACUCAUCACAUUGAGAAA